CCAUGGAACAAAACAGGAAGAAAGUUGAAGAGGGAGAGUCCGGCGUUCGAUAUAGAGGCGUUAGAAGGCGGCCUUGGGGAAAAUACGCGGCUGAGAUUCGGGACUCGACGAGACAUGGAGCUCGGUUGUGGCUGGGGACUUUUGAGACUGCAGAAGAGGCAGCUCGAGCUUAUGACAGAGCUGCUUUUUCAAUGAGGGGUCCCUUGGCUAUUCUCAACUUCCCAGAUGAGCAUAUUAUUACACUCACAACUGCUAAUUCUGCUCCUCCUCCUCUCCCUUGUUCUUCUUCUUCUUCUUCUGCGUCAAUGGCUGCUUCUUCUUCUCCUUCUUCUUCUUCAUUCUUCGAAAAUGUGGAAAGUAAGAAGGACCAUGAAAAUCAAGUUCUGGAGUUGGAGUAUUUGGAUGACAAAUUGUUAGAGGAACUUCUUGAUGUUGAGAAUAAAACCAAGAAAGAAUGAAACAUUUUUAGUUUUUUCCUUUCCCUUUUUCAGAAGGGGUUGCAGAAUUCUCCUUUUCAAACAGGAUUAGUUACUUCUUCCCCUGUAAAACAACACCAUGACUCUAUUUCAAUAACUUGUUCUUUGUAGCUAUGAAUUGCUAUAAUCAUGAACUAGUGGUUCACUUGUUAGUUAAAUGUGAGCUAUGGAAAUAUCAACAUUUUCUUUGUCAA